GCCUCAGCCGCCGCUGCGGAGCCCGCCGGGAGCCCCCGGAGCGCGGCCACGGCGCAGCCGCCGCCAUGGCGCAGAUCCUCCAAAUGGAGAUCCCCAACUUCGGCAACAGCAUCUUGGAGUGCCUCAACGAACAGCGGCUGCAGGGCCUGUACUGUGACGUGUCGGUGGUGGUCAAGGGCCACGCCUUCAAGGCGCACCGGGCCGUGCUGGCCGCCAGCAGCUCCUACUUCCGGGACCUGUUCAACAGCAGCCGCAGCGCCGUGGUGGAGCUGCCGGCGGCCGUGCAGCCGCAGUCGUUCCAGCAGAUCCUGAGCUUCUGCUACACGGGCCGGCUGAGCAUGAACGUGGGGGACCAGUUCCUGCUCAUGUACACGGCCGGCUUCCUGCAGAUCCAGGAGAUCAUGGAGAAGGGCACCGAGUUCUUCCUGAAGGUGAGCUCCCCGAGCUGCGACUCGCAGGGCCUGCACGCCGAGGAGGCGCCCUCGUCCGAGCCGCAGAGCCCCGUGGCGCAGACUUCCGGCUGGCCGGCCUGCAGCACUCCGCUGCCGCUCGUGUCGCGGGUCAAGACGGAGCAGCAGGAGUCGGACUCGGUGCAGUGCACGCCCGUGGCCAAGCGGCUGUGGGACGGUGGCCCCAAGGAGGCUGGGGGCGGCGGCAGCGGCGGCAAUGGCAGCCGCAAGAUGGCCAAGUUCUCCGUGCCGGACCUGGCGGCCAACCGGCAGCCCCCGCAGCAGGGCCCCGUGGUGGCGGCCGCACAGCCUGCCGGAGUGGCUGUGGCCGCGGUGGUGGGGGCGGGGCAGCCGGCCAGCGCGGCGGCGGCGGCGGCGGGCGUGGUGAGCGGGCCCAGCACGUCGGAGCGCACGAGCCCCGGCACCUCGAGCGCCUACACCAGCGACAGUCCUGGCUCCUAUCACAACGAGGAGGACGAGGAGGAGGACGCGGGGGAGGAAGGCUCGGACGAGCAGUACCGGCAGAUCUGCAACAUGUACACCAUGUACAGCAUGAUGAACGUCGGGCCGGCAGCCGAGAAGGUUGAGGCCCUCCCGGAACAGGUGGCCCCCGAGUCCCGCAGCCGGAUCCGAGUGCGGCAGGACCUGGCGUCGCUGCCGGCCGAGCUCAUCAACCAGAUCGGCAACCGCUGUCACCCCAAGCUCUACGACGAGGGCGACCCCUCCGAGAAGCUGGAGCUGGUGACAGGCACCAACGUGUACAUCACGAGGGCGCAGCUCAUGAACUGUCACGUGAGCGCCGGCACCCGGCACAAGGUCUUGCUGCGGCGGCUCCUCGCCUCCUUCUUCGACCGGAACACGCUGGCCAACAGCUGUGGCACCGGCAUCCGCUCCUCCAGCAAUGACCCCAGCCGCAAACCACUGGACAGCCGCGUUCUCCACGCCGUCAAGUACUACUGCCAGAACUUCGCCCCCAACUUCAAGGAGAGCGAGAUGAACGCCAUCGCGGCCGACAUGUGCACCAACGCGCGCCGGGUCGUGCGCAAGAGCUGGAUGCCCAAGCUGAAGCUGCUCACCGCCGAGGGCGACGCCUACACUACCUUCAUCAGCGACACGGGCAAGAUGGAGCCGGACGUGAUGGGCGCAGAGCAUGGCUUCGAGCCGGCCCACGACGGCGAGGCGGGCCCCUCGGCCGAGGCCCUGCAGUAACCGCGCCCCCCCCCACCCCUCUGUCCUGUCACACACACCUUGGUCACGAGCUACUGUCUGUCCCUCCCCAGGCCCCGCGGGGGGCGCUGCAUGCUCCUGGGCCCCCCCUCCCCUGUCCCAGCCCCUUCCCCAGUGAGCCGGGCGGGGCGGGCUUGCAGGCGGGGGGCCAGGCCCGGGUCCACACACGGCUCGCCCCCUUCCCGCACCCCAAGCAUUGUGCCCCCCCCCCACUCACUAGUCCGGGCAUGGGGCAGGGGCCUGCCUGGUGGAAGUCCUUCCUCCGCCUCCGCUGGGCCUGGGGGGGCCAUCUCAGGACCCCUCCCCACGCCCCACCCACCCCCCCAGUGCUUCCAGGCCUCCAGAAGCGCCUUCCUGCCGCCUCCUCAGUGCCGCGCCCUGGCGCUGGGCAGGGAGGCUGUGGGCGCUGCCCGUGGUGCAGCCGAGCGAGCAGGCUCAGAGCGGUUCCGCGAGCAACCUAGGGUGGCUGGGAUGGCGGGCCCGGCACCCUGCCCUCACCCCCCCCCCCACCUCCAUCUAACCCGUGUCCCCUUCCCCUCCCCCCACCCAUCCCCUGGAGCCCGAGGGAGGGGACCCUCUGCCAAGGAGGCUCUGGGGGCGCCCACCUCGGGCUUGUGGAGUGUGUGCGUGUGUGCGCGUGCGCAGAACUUUUUGCUUUUUCCCAAACUUGAAUGAAAAUGAAGAUAGAAGAGGCAGUCGGACCAGGGUUGGAAUGGGGGGUGGGGAGCAGGCUGCGAGGAGUGGGGCUGCUGCCCUCCCCUCCGCUCCCCAGCCCCCGCCUCUGCCCUGCCACCCCCCACCCCACCCCGGGACAGGGCCCCCCAGCCCCUUAGCCGUGUACAUAACUUUUUAAAACAUUUUUUUAGCGACUGAAAUAUUGAAGUAUAAGAUUUCCUUUUAUUUUUCAAACCAACGGGACUGGGUCUCACCCCCACCCGCCCACCUCCAGGUCCCCGGUGGGGGUGGGGUGGGGCGCACUGUGGAAGGCAGGAUAUUGGGGGUGGGGGCGUGUGCUGGGGCAGGCAGGCGGAGUGCGCGUGCGUGCGUGUGUGUGGAGUGUGGCUGUGUGUUCCUGACGCGGGCCCCCUUGGUCUGACCCGCUCCCCUCCCGCCCCCACCUCCCUCCUCACCGCUGUAUUUCAAGGGAGGUCCCUGGCCUUGGCGGGUUGGGUGAGCCUGGUUCCCCCAGGCAGAGUUUUCUCUCUCUCACCAUUCCUCUCGUUCUCGCCCAGGGCAAGUGUGUGCACGCGCGCAUGCGCACACGGAGGGGUCGUUUUCUGCCCAGCCCCGUACCUCUCGCCUUCCCUCCCAUCACCAGUCUUUCUGCCCCCUGCCUCUGGCUGCCCAGGCAAGGCGUUUUAGAGGAGGUUCUGGUAGGGGGGGACGGGAGGUGGGGUCGCCCCACACUGGACCCUUCCAACAGCGUCACCACCAGCCUGCUUGCGGGGGAGGGAAGCCCUGGCGCUCUGUUCUCUCAGCCCGGCCCGCCCCCCGCCCCCGGUCCCGCACCUUAUCCUCCAGCCAACCCGAGUGUGUAUGUGGGGGGGGGUCGGCACCCCCUGCUAAAGCACAAGCACCUUAGUCCCCACCCCCCGCCGUGCCCCCCGCCCCAGCGCCAACCCCAAAGCACAAUAUCCUGGUCACUUGGCAAGCAGCUGCAGCGGGGGGGGGGGGGGGCUCCAGCCAGACCCUCGGAAGACAGUGGGCGUGCCCAGGUGUGCCCCUCCUUCUAGGCCUGAGCAGGGGGGACCGGCUCCCUGGAACGGGGGUCUCCUCCCUCCCCGCCUAAUCCCAGGGUAGGGGUUGCUCGGCUGCCCCGCCACCUUGGAGCCCCUGCAACGCUCGGCCGGGUGGCAGAGCCCAGUUGUCUUCAGGGACCCCAGGAGGUGGCCCCUGGCUCCUGGGACUGGGGUGGGGGGGACGGGCCAGGGGGGUGCAGGGGAGGGAACUCCCCACCAGGAGAGCCAAAGACAGGGUUGUGCCUUAGCCCAGGAGCACCCCCCCAGCGCCCCCUCUCCCCCCCGGGCGGCCAGCUGCUUUCCCCCCUAGCCCUGCCCUGCGCUGCAUGGUCCCCUACCCUGGGCAGCCAGGAAGGAACGCAAACGGGGAGAAUCAUCCACGGACAUUAAAAAAAAUUAAAAAGACUAUAGGGCCCUCUCCCACCUCCGCUCACCCCCACUCCCCCGUCUCCAAACCCCUUUUCCCGCGGGGCCAGCCGCCCCCACCCCCGGCCCCGCGUGGAGUGCCAAGGCCCGCCCCGCCCCCUCCCCGGGCCUGGAAGUGAGAUUGCACAUGAACUACUGUAAAGGAGGAGGAGCGGCGUCGAGAAAUGUGAACCGCUAGAGUAUCCGUGAUACGAGAAUAAACUAAACGCCUUUGUAACAGCCCUGCGCCCGUGCUGCUCACUGCUGG